AUGGCAGUCAGCCUCCUCCCAAGUCCACCCCGUUCACCUGAAGACAGGGAGCAAUUCGCUGCUUUCCGCCGCGAAUUUCAACAGUUCAUUGACCUGCCAGGGAUUAUUCAGGAUGGCUCUUGUCUGACGGGGCGGUGUGGUUUCAGCGAGUUUGUAGAUGCUCCAACUUUUGCAGCCGAUGUUCUUCACCUCGGGGCAGUCGGCAAUGCUGGGCUUCAUGGAACUCUGGUUAACCUUCCAGGCCUUAGACCUGUCUUGGAAGACGAUGGUGAUGUUAAGAUGGCCCAAAGUCUGGUCGACUCUUAUCUAGAGAGUUCGCGCAGUAUAAUCCUUGCAGCGAUCCCCGCAAGUAGCAAUACAGAGACUCAACACAUUAUUCAGCGGGCGCAUCAUUUCGACAAAGAUAGCAUGAGAACUACUGGUAUCAUCACAACCCUCGAUCUGAUCAACAAGGGUACGGAGCAAAGGGUCGCGUAUCUAGCUAAGAAUUUUGGAGCGUAUCAAGUUGAACCUCAGCUCCUAUUUUGUGUUCCGAUAAGCGCCAAGGGCAACAUUUAUAUUGUGGCUAUCACUACUCUCAGGUCUGGUCUUCGUUCACUCUUUGCUAAGGGUAUAGGAAGGAUUUGA